AUGAACAAUGUUGAGCAGGGUCUUGUAGCCACCGAUCAAUGUGGCACGCCUCCCGUGGAUAUCAACGAGAAAGCCGAAUCUCGCUUGCGUCGGAAGAUCAACUUCUAUGUCCUUCCGCCCGUGGCUCUCAUGUAUCUCUUCUGCUUCAUCGACCGAGCCAACAUCGGCAACGCCAAACUCGCCGGUCUCGAGCACGACCUUAACCUCCACGGCAACGAUUACAAUGCAAUUCUCUCCAUCUUCUACAUCGCCUAUAUCAUCUUCGAAAUCCCAUCCACCAUCGCCUGCAAGCUCAUCGGCCCCGGCUGGUUUCUCCCCACCAUCACCGUGCUAUUCGGCAUCUGCUCCCUCUGCACCAGCUUCGUCCAUAGCAUCCACACUGCUUCAGCCGUACGAUUCCUGCUCGGCAUCUUCGAAGCCGGCAUGAUGCCCGGCAUCGCCUACUAUUUAUCCCGAUGGUAUCGUCAACGCGAACUAGCCUUCUACCUCUCCAUCUACGUCGUCACGGCCCCUUUAGCCGGCGCCUUCGGGGGCCUCCUCGCCUCCGCCAUUCUCACUCUCGAUCACCUCGGCACCCUACACAGCUGGCGAAUGAUCUUCGCCAUCGAAGGUCUCCUCACCAUCACCCUGGGUCUCCUCACCUUCUUCAUCCUAACCGACCGCCCCAAAACCGCCCGCUGGCUCUCCCCUGAGCAAAAGCACCUCGCCAUCACCCGUCUCAUGUCCGAACGAGUCAACACCACCGAACUGCUCGACAAACUAGAUAAACCCAAAAUCCUCCGUGGAAUCCUCUCCCCAAUCACCCUCACAACCUCCCUCAUAUUCCUCCUCAACAACAUCACCGUCUCAGGCCUAGCCUUCUUCGCGCCUACAAUCGUCAAAUCAAUCUACCCAAACACCACCAUCGUCGCUCAACAACUCCACACCGUGCCCCCGUACCUCGUGGGAGCUUUCUUCACCAUCCUCUUCCCCUACCUCAGCUUCCGCUUCAACCACCGACUCAUCUUCUUCCUCCUCGCCCCGCCACUCAUGAUCACGGGUUAUAUCAUGUUCCUAACAACCAACUCCCCGCAUAUUCGCUACGGCGCAACAUUCUUCAUUUCCAGCGCGACUUUCACCUUUGGUGCGUUGUGCAACGCACAUGUGUCUAAUAAUGUGGUCUCGGAUACGGCUCGCUCCGCGGCAAUUGGCGUGAAUGUCAUGUUUGGGAAUAUAGGCGGGUUAAUUUCCACGUGGUCGUUCUUGCCGAGUGAUGCUCCGAUGUAUCGUGUCGGGAAUGGGUUGAAUUUGACCACGUCGGUCUUGACGUUUCUUCUGGCGGCGGGGAUGUGGGUUUGGAUGGAGAGAGAUAAUCGGCGCAGAGACCAGGUGGAUGUUGAGAGGGCGUUGGGUGGGUUGAAUAUGUCUGAGGUGCAGGAUUUGGAUUGGAGGAAUCCGGGGUUUAGGUGGCGGUGUUGA